AUGCCGUCGGCUUCGACCGCAAUCUGCGUCCAAUGCGAGGUCCAACCGUCCAAGUACACCUGCCCGGCAUGUCGGGCCCGGACGUGUUCUUUGGCGUGCACCAAAGCGCACAAGGCCGCUGAAACAGGAGGUUGCUCGAGUAGCGCUGUUGCAAAGAGCCCCAACGGUGUCUCGACCAGUGCAUCCUCUUCCCCGGCACCGACGGCCGGAUCCAGCGCAAAAGCUUCGCAGGGGUUAGGCUACGUUCCUCUGACGCAGUACACAGAAUCGCACAUGAUGCAGGACUUUCUCUUCCUUUCGUCCAUCUCCCGCACCACCGCCGAGAAUGGGCGCAAAAUUCUCUCGAUGAACCUCCUCCCGCCUGCUUCUGGCACCGACACACAGCACAAACACACUGCCAGCCCCAAUCAAGCCGCUUCGACAACGCGAUUAACGAAUCAACAGCGCCAACGCGAGCAGCUGAUCAAGCAGCUGCACUACCGGCGCUUCAAGGUCAUGGUGCUACCCGACGGCAUGGCACGCCGUAAGACGAACCAGUCGCAGUUUCAGCCCAAGGAUAAGAAGUUUGUACUCACCGUCGAGCUUGCGUUUCCGCAUCGCAAAACCGUGCUCCAUCGACAGGAUUCGUCGCACACCGUGGAGCAGGUGGUGCUGAACGAGCUGCAGCACCAGAGUUUCCCGAACAAGAAGGAUUUGCAACGGCUCAAAGCGGGCAUGCCGUCCGGGUCGACAACAAUUGCGAAAGGCUGGAUCAUCUCGAAAUCGGUGCUCGAGCACACGCGGUUACCGCUUCCUGCCGCCGCUACACCGCUUAGUGGGGAGGGCGAAUUCCUGGCCCUGUCCGCGUUUCCAAGGGAAUGGAUUGUUCUAGUACCGGCGUACUCGGCGCGGCUGACCAAUGAGAGCACGACGCGAUACCUGGACUGGUGGACGAGGAAGCGCAGGUGGGAAGAGGCGAAUCCCGCGCUUGCGCUGCAACAGAAGCAGGAGGAGCAGGAAGGGCAAAGGCAGGGCGACGGGUGGAAUGGCAAGCGUGCGAGAGGUGGGUGGGGGGACAAGGGCGGUAGUAGGGCUGAGGAGGUGGAGAAAGAACCUCAACAGGGGGAGGAAAAGAUGGAGUCUCCUGCAGUGACAGCCUCAGCCCCGCAGGUGGUAGAGCCGGCAGUUGGAGGAUCAUCGUCGCACGGUAUCAUCUCGAGCACCCUGCUAUCCAUGCUGAGCCAGCGACUGGGACGCCAACCUACCUUUCUCGAAUCUGCAACUCAGCCAGCAUCACUCCCAUCCACCUCAGCGCAGCCUGCCUCCCCCACCCCACCCAUCGCCACGACAUCCAGCCACACCGCUCCUCCCAUCAGCUCCGACAACGACGCAACCUCGAUCCUCCUCUCCCUCACGCAUCCUCACCGCACGACGCUCAGCUGGUUACUGCAGACGAUCCCCGAGGGGUACAGCGUCGUCGAGUAUCCCGAGUUGCGCAUCGUGCCGGCUGAGGCAGCGGCAGAGGCGGGGGUGAAGGUCGUGCCACUCACCGGGGAGGGUGCUGGUGUGGAUGAAGCCGAGGCGCCGCACAGCGACGGUGCGGGUGAGAAGGGUGUCGGUGAGGUGAAAGGGGAUGGGUCUACGACUGCGGGUGCGAGAACGGCGGCGGCGGUGACGAGUGGAUCGUUGGGAGGUUUGCUUGCCGGGUAUGAUUCUGAAAGCUCCGAUGACGACGGUGAAGACGACCAGGUGCCGGAGAAAGACCCUCCGAAGCGCGCAGUCGAGCACGCCGACCCAUCCGGUGCGCAAGCAGCGCUCGACGAGGCUCCAGCGCGAGCAGGCGGGAGCCUCGCCUCUCUUGCCUUCCAGCAUGGCUUCCUUCACGCCCCUCCCAGCUCCAACCCGUAG